CAAAGGAGAACAAUCAAGAACCUUGAGGUUGACAACUUGGUGGUGAUGGCCAAAAAACUGAAGGAUUUGUCGGAUUAUGAUCGGUGCAAGUAUAACGUUUUCCCUCCUCUUGUUAUCUUGUUUGCUUGUUCGGCCAGAAUCUACGGGAAACUUAUCUAACAUUUCAUAAUCUCUCAAAUUCAUUAUUAAUGCCCCUAACUUUUUCCUCUUUAAAAAUAAGAAGGAAACAGACAGUUGCCCUAAACUGAAAGCUAAAUGCUUCACCUGAAACCUCUGCCACAUCUCUCUUUCUCUCUCACACAUACAUUAUUUCAAUUAUUGUUUUUUUUAUAACUCGGAUCUUGAAUCUUGACGAUCUCUGGUUUCUUCAGUCAAAGGAGGAGACUUUUUGGGUUUCUAGACUUUGGUUUGUUAACUGGGUCUCUGUGUCUUGUGUGUGGUGAUGUCUUAUAGUAAUUCAAACCCAGAAAACUAUUCAGCUGCAACGAACUCGCCGGAGAUUAAACUUUAUCAAGCAUUUAUCUUUUCUGUUCCAAUUUGCUUCACAUUUAUUAUUCUCUUCUUGUUUUACUUGAUUUACCUUCGUCGUAGUAGCUCGGAUUUGUCUUCUCUCGGAAUGCGAACUACUUUCAUCCCUGGAAACUCUCUCUCCACGAUUGAAUUAGGAUUGAGCAAAGAGCUGAGAGAGAUGCUUCCCAUUGUUGUCUUUAGAGAGAGCUUCACCGUAAUGGAUUCACAAUGUUCAGUGUGCCUUGGGGACUAUCAAGCAAAUGACAAGCUUCAACAGAUCCCGGUAUGUAAACACACUUUUCACAUGGACUGCAUUGAUCUUUGGCUCACAUCACAUACCACUUGCCCUCUUUGCCGUCUUGCUCUUAUCCCGAGCCGAUCCCAUCAAAGCCAAGAGGAUCCUGUUCCGAGUCUCGUGAGCCCUGAUGGAGAAGUGUUGAGUCAACCGGAAUCUGAGCCAGUAAACCACAGGGGAGUGUCAAGUCAACCGGAAUCUGAGCCAGUAAACCACAGAGGAGUGUCGAGUCAACCGGAAUCUCAGCCAGUAAACCACAUAAACGAUGGCCAAGAAAAGCAAUGUGAUCAAGAUGGAGAGGGCUUUAAGGAAAUGCAAGAGGCUGAACGAAACAGCAGCGGGUCAUCAAAUGCUUGUUGUAGUUGUAGACCUGGUUAAGAUUAACCGCUUUUGUUCAGUCCACAUUCCUGUAAAGUUUGCUGCUUUCUUGCAUUUGUAACUUGUUGUAACAUUAGUACAUUUUCUAGGAGUGAAAAUGAGAGAUUGAUCCUUAGAAAAACAAACACUUUGGAAGGCAACUAUAUGGAUGUUAAUGCUUGUGAUCAAACCGAAACUUUUGGGAAAUUACCAAA